UGAGACAGUCACACUGGAAGCUGGAGCUUUUAUAUCUCAGCUGUUUUGCUGAUCAUUCAAGUAGAAAGGGUGAAUUUACCAGCGUGUUACCUCGCAAGACCAGGAGGCGCGGCAAGCAAAGCAGUGUAUGCCAAAGACAACAACAAUUUAUCCAUCAUUCUAUGAAAUGUACAGUCUCUACAGAAUAACACAGUUGCAAGCCCAUGAUUUCAACUUGAAUUCAGAAAUGCCUGUAAACUGGCAAUCAAGGAGACAUAGUUUGGUCUUGGUCUCUGAAGUGACCAAGUGAUGGAGAUUUUGAUCACUGUUCCAUGAAGACUCUGAUAGGGUUAGGGUUAGACUAACCCUAACCCUAAACUUUUAACGUCACAUGCCUAACCACACACAACAAGAAGUUCAACUGGUGUUAAAGUUCUGUCACCCGCUGUAUGGGGCUGACCACAACUGUGUCCAGCUCAUCUCACCUUCUGCCCUGCUUUGAGGAGAGGAAAAACCAACAUCAAACGGACUAAGAAGAGGACGGAGCCUACAGGGCUGUUACAUGUAUGUUUAAGGAGUCCUGUACUGACAUUAAUGAUCUCACUAAUGUUGUCAGCUGUUACGUUUCCAACUGUAAGGACAAUCCCUGAGCAGACUGUGAAAGUGUACUCAAAUAGUAAGCCAUUGGUCACAAAAUCAGUUAAUGUUGUUGUAUAGAAAGAGGUGUGCAUGGAAGAAAUGAUAGAGAGGGAGCUUGAGACCAACAACUUAAGUUCUGCCUCGGAUGGUAUAAAAACUAUUGUAGUCACAAAGGCCAAAAGGAACUCUAUGGUUGUGCUGAAGGGUUUUGGAUGGGACAUGCAGCUUGCACAGCACCUGAAGUCUGACACAAUUUCACUAUCAGAAGAGAGUAAGGGUGAAUGGUUGCUUGUCCAAGGAGACGUCAUCAUCCGCAGGGUCUCCUCUGGGUUGUUUCUGUGGUAUCCAAAGGCCUAUAAAUUUAAGUUACAGUUUGUUCAAGUGAUAUUUUUGUCAACAUAUGCAGUGUUAGUAAGACAUGAGGUUCAACGUCGUAAUUCUUACUAUGAAAUGUUUAGGCUAGGGGCCUCUCAAUGGCCUCUGACCUUUAUCUUAAUAAAUCCCCUAUCUCCCUGUUUUAUCUCACAUAUCUGUACUGGAACCAGAUGUUUCUUUACUAUUUUCUUGAAUAAACAAUAGAUAUUCAUUUGGCUGGAUGCUCUCCAAGCUCCGCGAUGCUUGUAUUGAUGCUGAACUUUUUGUAACAAACCUUUAAAUACAAUUAAGACGGUGUCAGCGGACUUCUCUUCAACACAUCUUCACAUCAUCGCUACUUAAUAUACAACAUUUCCUUUCACCACUCCUCUACGUUCUUUAUACUGAUGAUUGGCACAGUCAGCAUAACAACUGAUGCAGCAUCAGAUGCCUCUGCUUUUGUCAGUCUCCUCCACUCUGAUGAAAAUGAUCAUGGUCCUGUUGUAAAUGGCUUUGUACACUGUUAAAUGUGGCAAAAACGAAGGACAUGUGCUAUGAUUUUAGGGUCCUCCGGGCAUUACCAUCCAGGGGAAGUUGUAGAAGUACCUGACAAUAAGUUGAACUUAACCCUAACCCUAACUGUCAUCACCAUUUUAACAUGUCUUGCAAAAAGGGACAGCAACAACUUUUCUGUCUUAGUAAACUGGCAAAGUUCCAGGUGGGUAAGACCCCCAUGAUCCGAGUCUGUUUUAACAUUUACUCUUAUUAAGGAUUACUAAGGAUUUAGUGGCAUCUAAUGGUCAGAUGGCAGAUAACUGACUGACUAACUGAGUACAGCUCAGCCUUUCAAGUGUGUAGAAGAAACUACUGUGGCCACUUGGGAAAAACUCAAAGGGCCCUAUCUAGAGCCAGUGUUUGGUUUGUCCGUUCUGGGCUACCGUAGAAACAUGGCGGUUCAACAUGGCGGACUCCGCUGAGGAGGACCCUGACCCUCCGUAGAUAAAAACAUCUCAUUCUAAGGUAACAAACACACAAAGUUUCUAUAUUGAGCUGAUUAUACAACAAUGAAAACAUAUCUAUGAAUAUAUCUAUAAUAUAUAUCCAUUUUUGACAAUAGAUCGUCCUCAAUGUUACACAGUGGAGUUUUAAUAAGCUCCUGAGGACGUACUUGAAGACCGCUUGCGCUUAUUUAAUAAUAAUACAUUUUAUUUGUAAAGCACUUUUAAUAAAAGAAUCUUAAAGUGCUACAGAAACCAAGAAACAAAAUAACAAAAAACACUAAGGGCAAUAACACAUUCAAAUUUACACCAGCUGAUUGGGAAACUCCCAGCACUCAGCCAACCAACUGUAACUUCAUCAGUCGGUUAAUCAGUCAGGGACAGACAGUUGUUCCCAUUUAUAGGGAUGGUAAAUAGCAGUGCUUUUUAAUUUAACUAAAUUAAACUGGUCACUACUGAGCUAGCAUAGCACAGAGCCAUGCCCACUUACCCACUUUUUAUUUGAUUAUAAGAUCUGUGUAAGGGAGGGCACAUACUGAAGGGCAGUGUAUUCAUUUCACUUGUGAUACAGUAUAUAAUAAUAUCUUGUAGCAACUACAUUACAGUUGACAGGAGGGGGAGGUUACUAACUUGUUUUUCUUUCAUCCAGAGAACUAAUAAGCUGCUCCAUCCUCAAGUUCCUGUGAAACUGUUACAAUGGCAAGGAACACCUCAUACAAAUAUGAUAACAUCAUCUCUAAAAGUGUUCAGAUCCAAUCAGGAUCUCCUGCUGUCUACCAGCUGAAACCAAAGGAAGAGAAGACUGGAACUCUAACAAGAAUGACUCUUGGUGAAAAAGAUCUGAACAAGACAAACAGAACCAUUUUACUUGUUGGUGAAACCGGAACAGGAAAAUCUACUCUGAUCAACGCUCUGGUCAACUACACCAUGGGAGUGAAGUGGGAGGACAAUGUCUGGUUUCAGAUCGUAGAGGACGAGAAGAGAAGUCAGUCAGAAAGUCAGAGAUCAGAUGUGAUCGUUUUUAAGAUCUUUGGUUUUGAAGAUAAAACUCUGCCCUACUCUCUGACCAUCAUCGAUACUCCUGGAUACGGAGAUACCAGAGGGAUUGAACAAGAUGUCAUCAUCAGUCAAAGAUUAUUCAACUUGUUCCGCUCAGAGGACGGAGUCCAUGAGAUCAAUGCAGUGGGUCUGGUGCUGAAAGCGACUGAGAAUCGAUUCAGUGACCGUCUGAGGUACAUCUUUGAUUCAGUUCUGUCUCUGUUUGGAAAAGAUAUGGAGAAGAACAUUGUUGCCCUCCUCACUCACUCAGAUGGAAGAACACCUAAAAAUGCUCUGAAAGCCCUCGAGGCUGCAAACAUUAAAUGUGCCAGAAAUGAAAAGAAUCAGCCGGUUCACUUCCUGUUUGAUAACUGCCAGAAUGAAGACAGGACAGAGGACACAGAAGACCUUAAACAUUUGCAUAAAAUAACAACGAAAGGACUGAGACAGUUCACAGACUUUCUGGAGAAAACUGCACCUCAAAAUCUGGAGACAACUGUGGAGGUUCUGACUGAGCGAACUAUACUGACAGCCUCCAUCCAAAACCUAAGAGAUAGAGUUGAGGAGAUUGAAUUCAAACAGAAAGAAAUCCAACAGAGUCAGAAACUUCUACAGAAAUACAAGAAAAAUAUGAAGAGGAAUGAGAAUUUUAUUGAAAAAGUUGAUGAGCCGUACAAAGAUACAGAAACUAUCAACGGAAGAGCUACCUGCUGUAAGGUCUGUCAGGAGAACUGUCACUAUCCUGGAUGCACAGUGGCCUGGAAUCCAGAAUGCUGUGAGGUCAUGAAAGAUGGCUGCUGCACUGUUUGUCCCGCGAGAUGUCCUGUAUCAGCUCAUGUGAAAGAAAACUGGAGAUUUGUAAACAGGACAAAGAAAGUUCAGAGGAAUAAAGAAGAAAUGAAAAAGAAGUAUGAAGAGAACAAGGCAGAAAGUGAGAGCAAGUUGAGCCUUUUGGGAAACCUAAAAAAAAAACAGAAGAUCUUCAGAAAGAUAAAGAUCAGUGGUUGGAAGAGUCCUUCCAGCAUGUUGUCAAACUGGAGCAGAUCGCCCUGAAUGCUGAUUCACUGUCCACUCUUGUCCACUUGGACUUCCUGAUUGAGAAGAUGAAGGAGAAAGGAGACACAGAGAAGGUCCAGAAACUGGAAGAGAUGAAAAGUCGAGUGGAUGAAGAUAAAGGGAUCAGUACAGGCCUGCGGUACAUGUUUGGUAAAUUAAGCAGCAGUUAAAGUGAUGAUGACAACAAGAUCUGCACUGUUGAUACAAAUGUUUCACAAAAGGUUUUUUCAUUCUAUUUCUAUGACAUGUGAUGUUGAUGUUAUAAUUACAUGAGAAAAUUAAAUUAAAAUGUAAUCAUUGUUUAAUGUUGCUGCUCAAAUUUUAACAAACAUCAAUCGUAUGUUACGUAUUAUUCUGUUGUUAGCUGUCUCUAGGUCAAGGCAGGUGUCUGAGGGUGACCGGACUUAUGCUUUUUGGAAUUUUGCUGAUGUUGGCACAAGUCUCAGUAAACACACCAGGGGCAUUUCUAUAUACAGUAUAUAAAUAUACAUCUAAAGCAUUUUUCCCAUAUGAAUCAGUCUGUACAGAGGAACUGAACUCUGCAGUGUUGGAGCUGAAUCUAACUUGCAGAAUUCAGUGUUUUUGAAGAGUCAUGUGAUCGACUGUACUUUGGUUUGAUUGAUACUCUGGUUUCUUCAUUUCAGAUGACACAGGCUAUGUGGAAACAUCUGGAUCCAUUUAUGUUGUACUUUAUUGUUUAACAAGCCAUAUUUUUUGUGGUUGCAAUGUAUUGUUAUUCCACAUGAAAUCAUAUUCUGAUUGAUGCAGUUUUCUAUGAAUUAUAAAUAAAAACUCUGUUUCAUGAAA